UAUAGCAGAGCCCAAAUUUUAUUGGUUAAAUCCUUCCAUGUGAGACCUGGAUAACAUCCCACUUCAUCGAAUACCAACAAAAGAACUUAAAUUAUAAAUCUAGAUAAACUGUCAGUUAGCACCACUAGUCCCACCACCCUCUCCAUAACCCCAAGAAAUUGUCUAUCUCACCUUGUCACAGAGGAGAAGUAUGUCAAGAAUUUUUCUUACUCUGUUGCUUUUAGUGUUUGUCACAAAAAAUUCAGUGAAUGGGCAGCUAGAAGAAUGGUGCAUAGCAGAUGAGCAGACACCAGAUAAUGAGUUGCAAGUGGCUUUAGAUUGGGCAUGUGGGAAAGGGAAUGCAGAUUGUAGCAAGAUUCAAAAGGACCAGUCUUGUUAUUAUCCAAAUACUGUGAGAGACCACGCUUCUUAUGCCUUCAAUAAUUACUUCCAGAAGUACAAGAAGAAAGGUGGAACCUGUUUCUUCAACAAUGCUGCUAUGGUUAUUCAAGUUGAUCCUAGUCAUAAUUCUUGCCACUACGAGUACAUGCCCUAAUGCUUUAGUACUUUUCAAUCUCUUAAUGCCAAGUUCAAGUUUUCAUCAUUUAUGCCAAGAAGAUAAUCCCAGACAGUAGACAAAUGACUAAAUCCUGGGUUUGAGUAGUUGAGCUCAACAUGUUGUAACCGUUUUUGCAACUAAAGAUUCGAGAUAGAGGCUGCUAA